CCGCUGCCGCCGCCGCCCGAACUCGCUCCACGCUGCCCGCCGCGAUGGAGGCCGCCGCCGCCGAGGUCGUGGUCGAGAGCCCGGAUGUGGUCUACGGCCCCGAGACCAUCGAAGCGCAGUACGAGUACCGGACGACGCGCGUUAGCCGCGAGGGCGGCGCCCUCAAGGUGCACCCCACGGCCACGCGCUUCAUCUUCCGGACAGCUCGGCAGGUGCCCCGGCUCGGGGUCAUGCUCGUCGGCUGGGGCGGGAACAACGGCUCCACGCUCACGGCCGCCGUGCUGGCCAACCGCCUGCGCCUGUCCUGGCCCACGCGCACCGGCCGCAAGGAGGCCAACUACUACGGCUCGCUCACGCAGGCGGGCACCCUGAACCUGGGCCUGGACGCCGAGGGCCAGGAGGUGUUCGUGCCGUUCCGUGCGCUGCUGCCCAUGGUGGCGCCCAACGACCUGGUGUUUGAUGGCUGGGAUAUCUCGUCGCUGAACCUGGCCGAGGCGAUGCGGCGCGCGCAGGUCCUGGACUGGGGCCUGCAGGAGCAGCUGUGGCCGCACAUGGAGGCCAUGCGCCCGCGGCCCUCCGUCUACAUCCCCGAGUUCAUCGCGGCCAACCAGAGCGCGCGCGCGGACAACCUCAUCCCCGGCACGCGCGCGCAGCAGUUGGAGCAAAUCCGUAAGGACAUCCGCGACUUCCGGUCCAGCGCGGGGCUGGACAAGGUCAUCGUGCUGUGGACGGCGAACACGGAGCGCUUCUGCGACGUGGUCCCGGGGGUCAACGACACGGCCGAGAACCUGCUGCGCAGCAUCCAGCUGGGCCUGGAGGUGUCGCCGUCCACGCUUUUCGCCGUGGCCAGCAUCCUGGAGGGCUGCGCCUUCCUCAACGGGUCCCCGCAGAACACGCUGGUGCCCGGCGCACUGGAGCUGGCGAGCCAGCGCCGCGUCUUCGUGGGCGGGGACGACUUCAAGUCCGGCCAGACCAAGGUCAAGUCCGUGCUGGUGGACUUCCUCAUCGGCUCUGGCCUCAAGACCAGGUCCAUCGUGAGCUACAACCACCUGGGGAACAACGACGGGCGGAACCUGUCGGCGCCGCCGCAGUUCCGCUCCAAGGAGGUGUCCAAGAGCAGCGUGGUGGACGACAUGGUGCAGAGCAACCCGGUGCUCUACCGCGCUGGCGAGGAGCCGGACCACUGCGUGGUCAUCAAGUACGUCCCCUACGUGGGCGACAGCAAGCGCGCGCUGGACGAGUACACGUCGGAGCUGAUGCUGGGCGGGACCAACACACUGGUGCUGCACAACACGUGCGAGGACUCGCUGCUGGCCGCGCCCAUCAUGCUGGACCUGGUGCUGCUGACCGAGCUGUGCGAGCGCGUGAGCUUCUGCACGGACGCCGACCCCGAGCCGCAGCGCUUCCACGCGGUGCUCUCGCUGCUCGGCUUCCUGUUCAAGGCGCCGCUCGCGCCGCCGGGCAGCCCCGUGGUCAACGCGCUCUCCCGCCAGCGCAGCUGCAUCGAGAACAUCCUCAGGGCCUGCGUGGGGCUGCCGCCGCAGAACCACAUGCUGUUGGAGCUCAAGAUGGAGCGGCCGGGCCCGGGCGGCCAGCGCGGGGCGCUCGGAGCCGCAGCCAGCCCCGCGCCCCUCAAGAAGGGAGCGGCCGCGGCCACGGCCAACGGCAGCACCGGCGACGCCGACCUGCGCCAGCCGGCCAGCAGCUGAGCCGCCCCUCGCUCGCGGGGACCCCCCUCUCCCGGCUUCCCCCAAUAAAGCGGGCACCAGGAGCACGCGCGCCAAA